GGGAAGACCGCGAGCGGCGAGCAGCCCUCCGCCGCGGCCAGAGCCGCCUCGGUCGCCGCGGACUCCACAUUCCAACGUCGCUGUGCUGCCGGUCUUGCAAACCAGUGCGAGUGACUGACUGACCGUCUUCUACCCGUGCGACACUAAAUAAACCAUCACCAUGUCUGACGAAGAAGAAUACUCUGGCUCCGAGGAGGAGGAAGUUGAAGAAGAAGUUCCGGAGACGAAACCCGCCCCUAAACCAGAGAGUAGACCAUCGAUCGCGGGUGAGGGAGAUCCAGAAUUCAUCAAGCGUCAGGAUCAGAAGCGGUCGGAUUUGGACGAGCAGUUGAAGGAAUACAUCAACGAAUGGCGCAAACAGCGAGCCAAGGAAGAGGAGGAGCUCAAACGCCUCAAGGAGAAGCAGGCUAAGCGCAAGGUAUCCCGCGCUGAAGAAGAAAAGCGUCUCGCCCAAAAGAAGAAGGAAGAAGAAGAAAGGAGAGUUCGCGAGAUUGAGGAGAAGAAACAGCGCGACAUUGAGGAGAAGAGGCAACGGCUGGAGGAAGCCGAGAAGAAGCGCCAAGCUAUGCUGCAGGCGAUGAAGGAGUCCAGCAAGACCGGACCCAACUUCACCAUUCAAAAGAAGAGCGAUAACUUUGGCUUAUCCAACGCGCAACUGGAACGCAACAAGACCAAGGAGCAGUUGGAAGAAGAGAAGAAGAUCUCCCUCUCCAUCCGCAUCAAGCCCCUGAACAUCGACAACCUCUCCACUGAGAAGCUACGGAUAAAGGCCCAGGAGCUGUGGGACUGCAUCGUCAAACUCGAGACCGAGAAAUACGAUCUUGAGGAGAGGCAAAAGAGGCAGGACUACGACUUAAAAGAGCUCAAAGAAAGACAGAAGCAACAGUUGAGACACAAGGCCCUGAAGAAGGGUCUCGACCCAGAGGCACUCACAGGAAAGCACCCGCCCAAAAUCCAAGUAGCAUCCAAAUAUGAGCGGCGUGUGGACACACGGUCAUACGACGACAAAAAGAAGUUGUUCGAGGGUGACCUAGAGAAAUUGAACAAGGACUUCCUUGAGAAGGUCUGGCACGAGAGAGCCGAGCAGUUCGGAGGCAGGCAAAAGGCGAGACUGCCUAAAUGGUUCGGCGAGCGGCCCGGCAAGAAGAAGGGCGACCUCGAAUCCCCCGAAGGCGAGGAGGAUGUCAAGGCGGAGCCCGAGGAGGAGGAACCUUUGUACGAGCCCGAACCCGAGGAGGAGGAGGAGGUCGUAGAGGAGGAAGAAGAAGAGGAGGAAGAAGAGGAGGAGGAGGAAGAGGAAGAAGAAGAGGAGGAAUAAACACAAAACCACUCGAACUCAGUUGGGCAAGCUGCGCGGCGCGGAGGCGAGUCGGCGCGUUGUAACCAAUCCAUUAACUUAUUGCUAUUAUAAAUUAUUUUUAUUAUUUAUACUGUUGAUCACUACGUCGCCUACAUCUCAUGACGUCACAAUAAACUAAUUUAUUUCAUAA